AUGACAGCGAUGUUCAAGGUAGUGUUGCUUGGAGAUACUUCUGUAGGUAAGACCUCUAUUCUGCAGAGAUACGCCAAGGGAAAUUUCAAGAAGGAAUAAGAUGCUACUAUUGGUGCUCAUUUCAUGUCAAAGAUGGUAGAUUUGCCUCAAUCGAAUACUCAAAUAAAAUUGCAAAUAUGGGAUACAGCAGGCUAGGAGAAGUACAGAAGUGUGACUCCAAUAUAUUUCAGAGAUGCAGCAGCUGCUAUAUGCGUAUUCGACAUCACCAAUAAGCAGUCAUUGGACAAUGCUGAAAGAUGGAUUGACGAUCUUAGGAAUUCAGCACCCUCUCACAUCAUUGUCGCCCUUGCAGGAAAUAAAUGCGAUCUAUUUAGUAAUGAGGAGGUUAGCAUCCAACAAGGCAAAGAGUUUGCUUUAAAGCACUAAGUGGAGAUUUUUCAGCAGACUUCAGCCAAGGAAGACACAGGCAUCAAUGAGUUAUUCCUUAAAAUUGCAAGUAAGAUCGAUAAGAAUAAAGAUGUCAUUCUGGCAAAUAGUAAGUAGAAUAUGAAUAUUGGGGGUGGGGAUGGCCCAGAAAAGAAAAAGAAGAAGUGCUGCUGA